AUUGCGCUCUGGCUCCAGUCUUCGCGUGCUGUCGAAGGAGUAAGGUGCGCAAAGACAGUGGCUCUACAUGCAAACGCAACUUCUAUCAACAGGAACAGCUACAUGGAUUCAUAAUUUGCAACUCUUUUAAUAGCGAUUUGAGAAACCAAAAGAACGGAGAUACACGCUCUGACAUCAACCGCUGUUGCGAGCCCUGACUUCAGAGAUUGUUCCACGAGAGAUAAAAGUAGCAGGUGUGCGGAGCCAUGCCCUGCGUCCAGGCUCAGUAUGGGACAUCACCUCCAGGAGCCAGCCCUGCAUCUCAGAGUUACAGUUACAACACCACGGCAGAGUACAGCUGCGACUUCCUAACACCGGAGUUUGUCAAGUUUAGCAUGGACCUGACUAACGCAGAAAUAGCUGUCACUUCCUCGCUCCCCAGUUUCAGCACCUUUGUGGACACCUACAGCUCCAGCUACGACGUGAAGCCUCCCUGCCUCUACCAAAUGUCCCACUCUGGGGAUCAGCUGUCCAUCAAGGUGGAGGAGAUACCCGCACACAGCUACCAUCAGCAGCAGCAUCAUCAUCAGCCCCACCAGGCUGAGGAGAACCUACCCCAUACCGAACCUAUAUGUAGGCCUAUAUACUAUAAACCAUCCUCACCAAACGUCUCCCAGUCACCCAGUUACCCGGCGCCUCCACACCACACGUGGGAAGACAGCGCGUCCCUACACAGUUUUCAUCAAAACUACCUGGCGACUACACACAUGAUGGACCAGCAGCGGAAAAACGCGAUGUCGCGGUUGUUCUCGUUCAAGCAGUCUCCUGUGGACACGCCGAUGUCAAGCUGCCAGAUGCGCUUCGAUGGAUCUCUGCACGUGUCCAUGGGCCCGGACACCCCUGGUGCGCACCGUGCGCUGGACAGUUUUGCUUUACCGGCACCUCCGAGGAAACAGCACGCUGUGGGUUUAUCCCAUUCGCUUAACGUCGGACAUCCAUUACUGGAAAGCCCGGUGGCCUCACCCCCGGCAAGAGGAUCUCCAUCCAGCGAGGGUUUGUGCGCUGUGUGUGGGGACAACGCAGCCUGCCAGCAUUACGGGGUGCGCACAUGCGAGGGGUGCAAAGGAUUCUUCAAGCGCACGGUGCAGAAAAACGCCAAAUACGUUUGUCUGGCAAACAAAAACUGUCCUGUGGAUAAAAGACGGCGAAACCGAUGCCAGUAUUGCCGUUUUCAAAAGUGCCUGGUCGUAGGGAUGGUGAAGGAAGUUGUAAGAACAGCCAGUUUAAAAGGACGAAGAGGUCGACUCCCCUCCAAACCUAAAAGUCCGCAGGAAAUCCCUGUCUCUGUGACACCCGUCAAUCUCUUGAACGCCCUAGUGAAAGCGCACAUAGACUCCAGCCCCUCCAUGGCCCGCCUGGACUACUCUAAAUUUCAGGCGAGUCCAGAGUUUCACAGUGGAGGAGAUGAAUCUCUGCACAUUCAGCAGUUCUACGAUCUUCUCACUGCUUCAAUGAGCAUCAUUCGCGGAUGGGCAGAAAAAAUCCCCGGCUUCACUGACCUGCCCAAAUGCGACCAAGAACUGCUUUUCGAAUCAGCCUUCCUUGAACUUUUUGUGCUGCGGCUGGCUUACAGGUCUAACCUGGCAGAGGAAAAACUUAUGUUCUGCAAUGGAGUGGUUUUACACAAGUUGCAGUGCGUGCGUGGCUUUGGGGAGUGGAUCGACUCUAUCGUCGAGUUUUCUUCCAACCUUCAGAACAUGAGCAUAGACGUCUCUGCCUUCUCCUGCAUAGCUGCUCUCACCAUAGUUACAGAGAGACACGGACUAAAAGAGCCCAAGAAAACAGAGGAACUUCAAAACAAGCUCAUAAACUGUCUGAAGGAUCAGGUGUCCUGCAGUGGAGAGUUGUCUAAACUGUUGGAGAAGCUGCCGGAGGUGCGCGCGCUGUGCACGCAGGGACUGCAGCGCAUCUUUUACUUGAAGCUGGAGGAUUUGGUUCCCACGCCUGCGAUCAUUGACAAACUCUUCCACGAUACCUUACCGUUCUGAACAAUCGGC